AUGGUACUAGAUGAGAUGAAAAGGCAGGCAUCUUCUUUUCUACGUGAGAAAUACAACAAUGCAAGGCUGGCCUUGGCCGAUGUUACUCAAGCCGAAUUGUUGAUCGAGGAAGCAACAAAUGAGGAACCAUGUAGCCCUGAUGCUAAAACAAUGACCAAAAUAGCUGAAGCAUCAUUUGACAUAGAUGAUUACUGGAGAAUUGUGGAAGUCCUCCACAGAAGGUUUUACAGCAUUGAUUGGAAGAGAUGGAGGCAAUCCCACAAAUCCAUGGUACUGCUUGAUUUCUUACUUACUCAUGGUCCUGCAGACUUUGCCGAAGAAUUUCAAUUAGAUAUCAAUGUCAUUCAAGAGCUUGGAACAUUUAAGCACAAAGAUGAAAAUGGGUUCGACUGGGGUCUUUGCAUGCAAAAAAAAUCAGAAAGGAUACUAGAGCUUUUAAAGGGAGGGGAAACCCUUAGGCAAGCGCGUUUCAAAGCUCUCAAAAUCACAAGUGAAAUCCAAGGAUUUGGGAAUCCAUUACUCUCUCCUUCAUCAACAUCAUCGUCCUCUGGGACGUCGAGAUUCUCAGCAUCAUCAUCCUUUGGCUCAUAUUCUACAACAAGUGCUAGCUCUGCAUGGAGCGAAAUAGAUCAUGAACUAAACAAAAAUAAACUAUCAACACCCACAAAAGAAGUCAUUGAAACUUAUUCACAAGGAGGAAUCAGAAGUGAAAAGCUUGAUACUUCACCAAAUACUAGCCAGUAUGUUGAAGGGUCACACCUAUUGGAUUGUCCUCCUAUUGAAGAAGAUGAUGGUUUACUUGAUGUUGAAGAAGAAGAAGAAGAAAAUGAGGAAAUGGAAAAGCCAGAAAGUUUUAUAAGUGGGAUAUGCUCAAAGCUUGGUUUUAGUCCAUCAAGAUGUGAUGAUGGGAAAGUUUCCUAUAGAAGUCUUUCUGAUGUUGGCAAGACAAUGAAGAAAAAGAUGGAUCGCCAACAUUCUAUGAGAUAA